CCUUCUUCCCACCUCCCUCUUCAGUCUUCUCACAAUCCUCUGAACAUUCCCAACUCCCGAAUCUCAACUUUCUCUCACAAAACAUUCCCCCGCCCUAAAAAAACCCGAAAUGUUGAAGCUUCUCUCUUCUUCCCGCAAUCUCCACGCCCACAUCGCUUCCCCAUGCCUCCGAGCUACUCCUGCUCCCAGCUCCGGCGGAGCUUCUGGGUCGUCGAGCCCUUUGCUCAGAGCACUCAAUUCGAUUGCUGAAUUGAGCAGGGGAAGCUCCAGCAGGCAUCCCAAUUUCUUCCGCAGGGCUUUCUUCUGCUCGGAUUCUUCCUCCUCGGGCGGCGACGGAACCGGCCGCGGGGUGCUGGUUGAGGUUGCACUAAAGGGGGACGACAGCGAUGCCGACGCCGGAGAUUCCAGCAAUAGCUCCUCCGCCAUUGUCCCUACUAAUCCGAGACCCGAGGACUAUCUAACGGUAUUGGCACUUCCAUUGCCUCAUAGACCUUUGUUCCCUGGUUUCUAUAUGCCUAUUAAUGUUAAGGAUCCCAAACUGAUGGCUGCAUUACAAGAAGCACGGAAAAGACAAGCCCCAUAUGCUGGUGCUUUUCUCCUCAAAGAGGAGCCGGGCUCUGAUCCCAAUGUGGUAUCUGGUUCAGAGUCGGAGAAGAGCACGGACAGUCUCAAAGGGAAAGAUCUUUAUAAUCGUCUUCAUGAAGUUGGAACACUAGCCCAGAUUUCAACUAUUCAGGGAGAGCAGGUUGUUCUUAUUGGUCACAGACGACUUCGGAUAACAGAGAUGGUCAGCGAAGAACCACUUACUGUGAAGGUUGAUCAUAUCAAAGACAAACCUUAUAACAAGGAUGACGAUGUUGUUAAGGCGACAUCAUUUGAAGUUAUAUCAACCCUUAGAGAUGUUCUAAAAUCGAGUUCCCUUUGGAGAGAUCAUGUCCAGACUUACACUCAGCAUAUAGGUGACUUUAAUUAUUCAAGGUUAGCUGAUUUUGGGGCUGCAAUCUCUGGAGCAAGCAAGUUGCAGUGCCAGGAAGUGCUUGAGGAGUUAGAUGUGCAUAAUAGGCUGAGGCUUACCCUUGAGUUGGUGAAGAAAGAAAUGGAGAUAACCAAAAUCCAGGAAUCGAUUGCGAGGGCGAUUGAAGAAAAGAUUAGCACUGAGCAGAGGCGUUACUUAUUGAAUGAGCAGCUUAAGGCCAUAAAGAAGGAAUUGGGGCUAGAGACAGAUGACAAGACUGCUCUUUCUGCAAAGUUUAGGGAAAGGAUUGAAGAAAACAAAGAACACAUACCGGCUCCUGUUUUGCAAGUGAUACAAGAAGAGCUAACAAAACUACAGCUUCUAGAGGCGAGUUCGAGUGAAUUCAAUGUCACUCGAAAUUACUUGGAUUGGUUGACUGCAUUGCCUUGGGGAAAUUACAGUGAUGAGAACUUUGAUGUCCUCCAUGCACAACAAAUUCUCGAUGAGGACCAUUAUGGUUUAUCUGAUGUCAAGGAAAGGAUAUUGGAAUUUAUAGCUGUUGGGAAGCUACGAGGAACUGCACAAGGGAAAAUCAUUUGUCUCUCUGGCCCACCUGGGGUGGGUAAAACCAGCAUUGGCAAGUCAAUUGCACGGGCCUUGAACCGCAAAUUCUUCCGGUUUUCAGUUGGUGGCUUAUCUGAUGUUGCCGAGAUUAAGGGCCAUCGCCGGACCUAUAUUGGUGCAAUGCCAGGAAAAAUGGUGCAAUGCCUGAAGAAUGUUGGAACUGCUAACCCUCUUGUCCUGAUUGACGAGAUUGACAAGCUGGGGAGGGGCCAUUCUGGUGAUCCAGCAAGUGCUAUGUUGGAGCUUCUUGAUCCGGAGCAAAAUGCCAACUUUCUCGAUCACUAUUUGGAUGUUCCAAUUGACCUUUCAAAGGUUCUAUUUGUGUGCACUGCAAAUGUUGUCGAUACGAUACCAACUCCUCUUUUGGACAGAAUGGAGGUCAUCGCUAUAGCUGGGUAUAUCACCGACGAAAAGAUGCAUAUUGCCAGAGAUUACUUGGAGAAGUCUACACGUGAUGCAUGUGGCAUCAAGCCUGAACAGGUUGAAAUGACUGAUGCUGCUCUUCUUACCCUUAUUGAGAGCUACUGCCGAGAAGCUGGGGUCAGGAAUCUUCAGAAGCAAAUCGAGAAGAUCUACCGAAAGAUUGCCUUGCAACUUGUACGAAAAGGAGUCCAAGGUGAAGCUCCAGUUUCGGGAGUUCAGAUUAUUCAGGAUGGAGAAGCAAGUGAAGAAAAAGCCGAUGAUGCUGGGAAUAUCUCUUCGGAAUCUGUUGAAGCAAAUGUCGAAGGACAAACUGAGGUGACAAUUCUUGAAGCAGACAUUGUGCAGGCUGAGAGCUCGUCCAAUCAAGAUUCUAAUCCCACAGAUCAAUCUACAGAUUUAAAGGACUCGUUGGAAACUGAGAAACAGGAGGAAAGCGAAUCGACUUCAACAGUUGAGAAGGUCUUGGUGGACAAAUCAAACCUGACGGAUUAUGUUGGGAAGCCUGUUUUCCACGCCGAGCGAAUCUACGACCAGACUCCAUCUGGCGUAGUCAUGGGUCUUGCCUGGACCGCAAUGGGAGGGUCCACAUUGUACAUAGAGACCACUCUCGUCGAGCAAGGAGAAGGCAAAGGAGCCCUUCAGCUCACCGGCCAACUGGGAGACGUCAUGAAAGAGAGCGCCCAGAUCGCACACACAUAUGCGAGAGCAGCACUGCUCGAGAAAGAACCAGACAACCAAUUCUUUGCCAACACGAAACUCCACCUUCACGUGCCAGCUGGUGCCACCCCAAAGGAUGGGCCCAGCGCCGGGUGUACCAUGAUCACAUCCCUGCUCUCUGUGGCAAUGGAGAAGCCCGUGCGGAAAGAUCUCGCGAUGACUGGAGAAGUCACAUUGACUGGAAAAGUCCUUCCUAUUGGUGGGGUGAAGGAGAAGACGAUUGCAGCUAGAAGGAGUGGUGUGAAGACAAUCAUAUUCCCGUCAGCUAACAGGAGGGACUUUGACGAGCUUUCGCCUCAGGUUAAGGAAGGGCUUGAUGUCCACUUUGCGGACCAUUACAGCCAGAUAUAUGAAUUGGCCUUUGACUUUGAUCAGAACUAGUAGAUAAAGUAAUGCACAGAUUCUUUAUGUCUUCUGGGUCUUCUCAUAUACACAUUCUUGCACAAGCUUUUCAUUGGCCAGAAGAAGAAAAAAAACCCCCAGUUUUGUGCCAUUAGAUACAUCGUUGACUACUGACAGUUUUCUGAAGUGUAUGCUGCUGAAAUACAAGCCAUUCCCCCAACCCAGAAACAUUGUUUGGUAGUUGGUAUUGGUUGGAACUUUGUUAGUGUUUGGAUGCAUAGAGAUUAGAAUAGACAGAGAGAAAGGGAAGUUCUUUUUGUGAUGGAACAAGUUGUAAUGAAUUUUAAUUCCUUUUGCUUUCGUUUUCUGUUCAUUGCUGGUUUGCCAUGCGUGGAAAUAAGAGGCUCCAAGAUUCUCCUAUCCAUCAUCCAACAGGCGGAAACUUUCUGGUCAUCAUUGGACAGUUAUGCAGUGGGUUGGUGGAAGCUCUCUACUCGUUAGUCAUAUGAGUGAAGUGAGCCUUUCACAUUUCUCUUGAUUUGCGAAUCAUUGGAAUUCCCUUUGACUUUGUAACACAGACUGCAAGACGAUGAUUGAGAUGUGGAUACAGAACUCAAGAACACAAUAGAGAAUGAACUGAUGAGGAUUGUGUAUGCCAAGUUGCUUUCUUUAAUCCGUAAAAUUUACAUAAAAAAAAUAUAUAAAUUGCUCAAAAUAUCAAAUUGUAUAUGUCGGAAUAGAAGAGAAUGCAAAUACAAGAAGAAGCACAUGAC